GACGUUUGUUUGUGGCCAAAAACAAAACAAGUACGAAAAUGUUUUCAUUUUCAUUCAUUUCAUUUCGUUUUUACCCAAACUAAACCACUAAAUAAACAAUACAGAAAUAUUUCACAGUACAGUAAACGUGAAAUAUGUCCGAUCCUCCCAUAAAGCGUUACCGACGUGAAGAGAAAUCCGAAUCGGAGGAGGAUAUAGAUAAUUACGAACCCUACGUACCAGUAAAAGAACGUAAAAGGCAAAAGUUGUUGAAAUUGGGCCGUUUGGGCCAAGUAGCUGCCGAAGCUGCAGCGGAGACGAAGAGUUCCAGCGAUAAUGACCCGGAUGAUGAAACAUCCCAAGAAGAAUGGGGCCGCCGGUACAAUGUAUCCUUGCUGGACCAGCACAGUGAACUGAAGAGGAUAGCAGAAGCCAGAGCACUGUCAGCAGCUGAGCGUCAAGCCAAGGAGGAAGAGCAUAUCUUGGAAAGUGUUGCUCAGAGCAAGGCUCUCAUGGGUGUCGCUGAGUUGGCUAAAGGUAUACAAUACUCGGAGCCAAUAAAAACAUCCUGGCGUCCGCCGCGCUGCGUGCUCGAGCUGCCGGAGUCCCAUCAUGAGCGCGUUCGCGCGCAGCUGCGCAUCCUGGUGGAGGGGGAGGACGUGCCACCUCCUGUACGCACGUUCCAGCACAUGAAGUUGUCUAAAGGUAUCCUCCGAGGAUUAGAAGCUAAGGGCAUAAAGAAGCCAACUCCCAUCCAAGUCCAAGGCAUACCAGCCGUACUCAGUGGCAGAGACAUGAUUGGCAUUGCGUUCACUGGCUCUGGCAAGACACUAGUGUUCACAUUGCCAAUCAUCAUGUUCUGUUUAGAACAAGAAGUCAAGAUGCCAUUCAUUUGGAACGAAGGCCCCUACGGCCUCAUAAUUUGUCCGUCGAGAGAGUUGGCCAAACAGACCCAUGACAUCAUCCUGCACUUCGUCAAACACUUGAAGAUGGCAGGGAACCCAGAGAUACGCAGCUGUUUGGCUAUAGGCGGUGUUGCCGUGUCCGAGUGUAUGGAGGUGGUGCAGAGAGGUGUUCACAUCAUGGUGGCGACACCUGGCAGACUUAUGGAUAUGCUGGAUAAAAAAAUGGUACGCCUGAACGUAUGCCGGUACCUCUGCAUGGACGAAGCGGACCGCAUGAUCGACAUGGGCUUCGAGGAGGACGUGCGCACCAUCUUCUCGUACUUCGCGGGCCAGCGCCAGACGCUGCUGUUCAGCGCCACCAUGCCGCGGAAGAUACAGAACUUCGCCAGGUCGGCGUUGGUGAAGCCGGUGACAGUCAACGUGGGUCGAGCCGGUGCCGCCUCGCUGAACGUGCGCCAGGAGUUGGAGCUGGUGCAGGCGGAGGCGAGGACGGUGCAUCUGCUGCAGUGCCUGCAGAAGACUCCGCCGCCGGUGCUGGUCUUCGCGGAGAGGAAGCAGCAUGUUGAUGCUAUACACGAGUACCUGCUGUUGAAAGGUGUCGAAGCAGUGGCCAUCCACGGUGGUAAAGACCAGGAGGAGAGGUCUCGCGCUGUGGAGGCAUUCCGGAGAGGAGAGAAGGAUGUGCUGGUCGCUACUGACGUCGCCAGCAAAGGUCUCGAUUUCGAGAACAUCCAACACGUGAUAAACUACGACAUGCCGGAGGACAUCGAGAACUACGUGCACCGCAUCGGGCGCACGGGGCGCGCGGGCGGCGAGGGCGUGGCCACCACGCUGCUGGGCCGCGCCGCCGACAUGAGCGUGCUGCGGGACCUGGCGCACCUGCUGACUGAGGCGGGACAGAAGGUGCCAGCGUUUUUGCUGGACAUGAUCGGCGAGCCGGACGUGCCGGCGGCGGACGGUCAGGGCUGCUCCUACUGCGGCGGCCUGGGGCACAGGAUCACAGAAUGUCCCAAGUUGGAGGCGGUGCAGAACAAGCAGGCGUCCAACAUCGGUCGCCGGGACUACCUCGCCAACACCGCGGCAGACUAUUAGUUCCAGUUACACUUUAUAUUGUAAUUUAUCGAAUAUUUGUCAAGUUGUAAAUAAUGUAAAUAAAUGUAUAAUUGUAAGA